AUGACCAAGAAUGUCAACACUACCUGGGAGGACCUGAAGCCUUUCAAUUCAUCAGGACUGUGGGAAAGCCCUUUGCCCCAUCAGAACAUCACCUAUGUUAGUUUCUACCUCCAUGAGCCCUCUGUGGCUGCAGUCUUCACCAUCUCCUACCUGCUAAUCUUUGUGCUGUGCAUGCUGGGCAACGGGGUGGUGUGCUUCAUUGUGCUGCGCAGCAAGAACAUGCGCACUGUCACCAACCUGUUCAUCCUCAACCUCGCCAUCAGUGACCUGUUGGUCGGCAUCUUUUGCGUGCCGACCACUCUGGUGGACAACAUCAUAACAGGAUGGCCAUUUGGUAGCAUGGUGUGUAAGCUAAGUGGGAUGGUUCAGGGGAUUUCUGUGUCAGCAUCUGUGUUCACUCUAGUGGCAAUAGCUGUUGAGAGGUUCCACUGCAUUGUCUAUCCUUUCAAGCAGAGGCUCACCAUUGCCACCUCAAAAUUAAUUAUUGUCAUCAUAUGGUUCCUGGCUGUGUUCAUCAUGUGUCCCUCAGGGGUCAUGCUCCAGGUCACCAAGGAGCAGACGGUGCGAAUAGUUCUUGGCCAAGACAACAACACCCACCCAUUCUACUGGUGCCGGGAAAACUGGCCCAGUCAGGAGAUGCGGAAAAUCUAUACCACUGUCCUUUUUGCCAACAUCUACCUUGCCCCUCUCACCCUUAUUGUCCUCAUGUACGCACGCAUUGGCUUCACCCUUUUCAAGUCCCCUGUUCCUCCGAUGAGGGUCAGUGGAAUUGUGUCUAGAGAAGGAAGCGACAACAACAAAUCAAGCACAGAAGGUCGUCACACGAUUUCAAGUAAAAAGAAGCGGGUGAUAAUGAUGCUGCUGGUUGUGGCUCUGCUCUUCAUUCUGUCCUGGCUGCCAUUGUGGACACUGAUGAUGCUGAGUGACUACGCUACCCUGACGGAGCACCAGCAUCGUGUCAUCAAUAUCUACAUGUAUCCAUUAGCUCACUGGUUGGCCUUUUUCAACAGCAGUGUCAACCCCAUCAUUUAUGGGUUCUUCAAUGAGAACUUCCGUAGAGGCUUCCAGGCAGCUUUCAAAUUCCAGCUGUGCUCUGCUUACAUUGUGCGCCAGAACACCUGCUCCCAGCGGAGCCGAGGGAACGCCAUUGUCCCGCUCCAGCAUGCUGCCCUCAGCAGUCCAAGAGUUGGAUCGGUGUUAGUGGAGAAAGGGAAGGGCUUGGCUGGUAGACAGCAUAUCAAAGAGCAGGUCCUGGUCAUGGAGGACCUGGAAAAUGAUGCCCAGAAUUAGACAG